AUAUAACCAAGAUGUGCUACCUGGUCAUAAAAUGAUCUCAUGAAUUUAAGUAACUCAGUGAUGUUUGAGCAUUCUGGAUUUACAGACUGAACGUGCUGAGAUAGAGGAAUGCGGUUUCUUCACUGGAUGUGUACUUCCCUUGCUAAAAUAUUUCAAGAUUGUUAAUACUUUUGUAUCAAUAGUUUCUGCACAUUUGUGUGUAGAAAAUGCUAAAAUGUUUAAAUAGAGUACUCUGUGUAUGCUGUGGGGAAAAAUAAAACAAGUAAUUUUGCUCACUGCUGGUAGAAUAAUUUUAAAUACUGCUGCUUUGAAAAGUUGCAAGCUGCUGUGGAAUUAAAUGCUAAAAAGCUAUUAAAAAUUAUGGGCAGUUAAAAGCUGCAGGAAGUACUUAUGCUUGAAAGUGGGCAUUUUGAGCACUUACAGUAAAUGUAUUCCAUUUCUGAGCACACUGAUUUAUGAAAGCUCUGCCUCCCAUUUGUACAUGAUUACAAACAGACAAAUUACUGAGUGACCAGCCAAUGCAGCUGUUAGUGAAAGCCCAGAGAGUAUAGGCCUGAUUAGUUAAACAGGCUGGAUCGUUGCCAUUUCAGAGGAUUCAAGAUGAAAAACAAAAACAUUUUGAAAAUAAAUUACAUGCUUUAAAACAGUGUGGGAAAGGACAUGUAACUGGAAGUAAAAGGUUAAGAGUGCUUUAAAGAAGCAAGGGGACUGCAUCAUAGAAGUAAUAGAAUUUGAUAGGUGGUGAUAAUACGAUAGAGAAUCAUGCUAAUCCACUUCAGGAAAAACAAAGGCAUAUUUACAGGCAAUGAGAAAUAUCUCUUGGCUUACUAUGAACCUUUUCCUACACUUGGUAAAUGAGGGGUGUUUCUGACUUUGUUUGGAUAUUGUAUGUGUCAGUUUCUCUGUCAGAGCUGUAUUUGAGUAUGCAGUUUUGAAGCUUCACACCAUGUGUCCAUUGCAGUGCAUGUAAGUCUCUGCCACUUGCUUAACUGGUUAGAGGUCUAGGUAUUAUGUAGGAUAUUUGGAAGAAUGAGGGAUUUACAUGUUUCUAAAUAAACCUGUAAACAAAAAGUUUUAUUUAAUGUUUAUAAAAAUUUCCAACCAGCACCCUUUCUUUACCAACAGAAAGGGAAUGCAUAUCCAGUGUUUGAUCUUCUUUCAAACAUAAAUAUUGUUUGAGCGUUUAAAAUCACAGAUAUGUUGGCUGGAAGGGACUUUUGGGUGUCAUAGAAUCGCAGAAUGGUCUGGGUUGGAAGGGACCUUAAAGGUCAUCCACUUUCAACCCCCUGCCACACACAGGGACACCUUCUACUAGACCAGGUUGCUCCAAGCCCCAUCCAGCCUGGCCUUGAACACUGCCUGGGAUGGGGCAGCCACAACUUCUCUGUCCCAGUGUCUCGUCUAGCCAAAGCUCUUGCUUGGAGCAGUACAGUUGAUAGCACUGGAUUAAACCAAUUCCAUGUGUAGACUCUUGUACUACUUUAACUUCAUGAGGUUUCUGUUUUCCAGUCAUGCAGCUUCUCAGUGCCCCUUUGAAGUGAAGGUAUACCAUUGAGCAUGUCAACCGUCCCUCUAAUUUAGUAUCAUCCGCAAGUUUGCUGAUGGUACAUCCUGUCUCAUCAUCCAAAUUAUUGAUUCCUUCUUGUUGCCCUCUAUGUCUAUUGCUAGUUUCAGCUCCAGGAGCUGGUGGUUCUGGCCCAGUCAUCAUGGCUUGUGCUACUAUUCAUGUGGGUUUUACUGUUCCUCAGUUACUGAGAGGUGUCAGCAGAAUUCUUCCCACUCAUUCUGCAUUGGUGGUGUUGAGGCACUCUGCUUUUUGUUACUGCACAGUGAACAGCACAAUAAAAUCAAAAAGGAAAAUGGAUCAUCUAGAGAGGACAGCAAACAAUUUUCGCCAGGAGGUAAUUUCACAAGCAAAAGUGUGUGGAAUCAGCAAUGAAUCGGAGACAGUCAAAAGGCUUCGUUUGGCUAUCACAAAUAAAGAUUUUACUUUCAAAGCAGGACAGGUUGAUUUCUUUAUUCCUGGAAUGUCUGUAGUUGGGGGAUUCUCAAUGUGUUCAAGCCCUGGCCUGUUGAAACGAGAAGGAAUAUUAGAGCUGGCAGUAAAGCACACUGAUCAUCCUCCUGCCCACUGGAUUCACACUGAGUGUACUCUUGACUCAGAAGUUGCCCUGCGAGUGGGAGGUGAUUUCUUCUUUGAUCCUCAGCCUGGUGACUCCCCUGUAAAACUAGUGCUGAUAGCAGGGGGUGUUGGAAUUAACCCAUUGUUUUCUAUACUGCUGCAUAUAGCAGAUCUGCAUGGAUACCAAGAGGGUAAAGGAAAUGGAUACAAAAUGGGAACAGUGAAGCUGUACUACAGUGCAAAAAAUUCAAGUCAACUCUUAUUUAAGAAAAACAUUCUUGGUUUGAUGAAUGCAUUUCCUGGAAAGAUCAUGUGUCAUUUCCACGUCACCCAGCAGAGCUCACCCAUCUGUGAAGAGCUUCAGCCACAUGUUACAGAGGGAAGAAUAUCUGAAAAGGAUCUAGAAAAACAUGUAUCCAAGGAUACUGUAUGGUACAUCUGCGGUCCACCUCCGAUGAUAGAAUCCAUAUCCAAACUCCUGUCUGACAUUGGUGUUCCUAGAAACUGUAUUUUCUUUGAGAAAUGGUGGUAGUGACACCUGCUGAACAGAGAAGAUGAUACUGUUUUUUUUUCUAGUGUAUUUUGAUAAGCUAAAAUGUACAGAAAUGGACUAUGAAUUAUUUGGAAGAUUCUAUUAUUUCACACAGGAAUACGUCCUCAAUCAUGAGAAUGUUCUUUUAAAGUAACCAUAAUACAACUGUAAUGCUGCUGCUUUGGGGGAAAAAAUGAUUUUAUAUUAAAGACAUCAACUGUUCUGUU